AUGCCCGCGCCAUUAUUUUUGUCAGGACCAUGUGAAAUUUGUGGACAGCAGACGACUGGACGACAUUUUGGAGUGAUGAGUUGUCGGGCGUGUGCAGCGUUUUUCAGACGAGCGGCUGGCUGGGAUCGGCAAAGGACAGAAUGCCCAAAAGGAAAUUGUCCGAUUUUUGCGGAUGGGAAAUUUCAAUGUAAAAAGUGUCGACUCCAACGAUGUCUUGAUGUUGGUAUGGAUGCUAGUAAAUUUCAAAGCAACCGUGAUUUGAUCUCAUGCUCAAACAAGUUCAUAAAACGGGUGGCUCUUUUUAUUGGACCCUCACAAAGCCUAUCCACGUUUCUAGGAAGACCAAUGUUCAUUUUGUGUUGUGAGCCGGAUAGAGCAUCUCACAUUAAGACGUUUAUAGAUGUACAACAUUUGGUGGAUAUCGCUAAUAAGAUGUUUCAUCAGGAGCCCACAAUGAACGGCAGACCUUAUCAAUAUCAUAAUAGUCUAGAAAAGCUAUCGGUAACUCUAGAUGAUAUGAGGUUAAAGCAGCCAGACAAGAGAAUCACACAAAUGACGAAAAUUGGAAAAGAUGAGUCGAUUUUCGUCUGGGAGCAAGCCUUUUUAAGAGCGGUAGAGUGGUUCGCAAACUUUCCAGAGUUCAACGAGUUGGAGGAUUUCAUAAAGCUAGAAAUCAUGAAAGCCUCUUGGAUUUGCUGGACACGUCUUGAGAAACUGACAGAGACGGCAGAGUAUCAACGACGUCGAAUAUUCUCGAAUACUGUUUAUAUGCUGGGAAAUGAUACGUGUUUGGAUUUUGAGAAUUAUGAGAUUGAUCUGACAUGGUGCACAAAUUAUACACUGGAGCAGUUGGAAUUUUACAUGUCCCCAGCAGUCGAACAAAACUGUCAAGGUUGUGUUCAGAAUCUUGUGAACCUUGCUCCAACCAGCAUUGAAGUCAACUACAUGCUCCUCCAAGUCUCCUUAUACCAUGCUGGCAAAAAGUGUCAAGGAAAAGUUCUGGAAGCGUGUGAGAAGCUAAUGCAAACCCAAGCGGAUCACCUCCACGACUAUUAUGUGAACAAGAUGAAGCAACCAAACUACUCGGCGAGAUUGGCGAAGAUGAUGAAAAUUAAUAAGGGAUUGAAGCGGAUAUGA